AUGGAAGCCGCGUCAUCUGGGAGUUUGCAGUUGGACAGCGCAGGCUCAACCAAACGACAGAAGCUAGACAUGCCGAAUAUUCAAGUAGAAUCUAGUACUGUCGACUCAAUUAGUGGCUUUAUGAGGAACAGCUUGCAAGACCUACCUCCACCGUGGCUCCCAUACGAUGGCAAUGCCCCUGAAGUCGACGAGAUAUUCGGUGAUACAUCCAACAUAGCUGAAUCACAGUGGACUGGACCAACACUUGAGGAGAACAUGUCUGUCGAUAACCCAAGUCGAUGUUCAGAAGAUUCGUUUCUCUCUUCUCUCUCAUUUCUAUCCGCAACACUCGAUCAUCAACCUCCUUUAUUGAGCCAAGUUGAUCUUGGUCUCGACAUUAGUCCCUGGCACGUUAGCCAAGAACAAAGUCUCCCCGUUUCUUCAUCCCAGUAUGUCGGUUUAGCAAGGCCGACGCAACGGAAACGUAAGAAGCAACGACUGACAGGGCACACUUGGCCGCAACAGACGGCAACCCCUCUAUCUUCAUUUUCCAUGGACCAGUCAAUGAUGGCACGAUCAAACCAGAGCAUGAUAUCACAAAACCUCUUGCGUAUCUACCAUGAUGUCCUGGAACACAGCCUCUCAUGCUGGUUAUCAGAGGUCACUUGUCCCUACCAGCCAAACGGCGACUUUUCACAGAAACGAGACUCCGUGUCAGAAUGGGGCUCGUCAUGGUCCAAUCGCAUGUACGAGGGUACUCUUAAGCUCGACCAAGCGGCAAGAUCCACGAAACUGAUAAAAAUAAGCUCAUCCGAGGAUCAAGCUUGUACCAGGGCCCUUCACCUCGCCAUUAUGGCUUUUGCUACACAGUGGGCACAAGGGAGUUCUCGUCAACGAGAGCCAUAUUCCCCAUUGUCUGAUUCAUUCGACGCUGGAAAGCCAGAAGGCGCGUUCGACGACUUGGUCGAGGAAUUUGACCGCAGCCUUCAGUGGCAUUUCUGGAGCCAAGCUGAAAGGGCCCUUCAGGAUGUUUCCCAUAUCGAGUCGUUUCGAGUCGUCUGUGCUGAGACCGUUUUCGGCUUGACUCAAAAGCCAUGGCCGCAAGAGACUUUAGAAAAUUCUACUGUCAAUGGUCAAACCUCCGGCCUUGAAGAACAGUCGUUGACGUCUCAAAUAGCGCAGGAAAUAUCCAGAGACGGGCCACCGAUGUACCUAGAGCGAGCCGCUCGCAAGAUGCAUGCCCUCAAGUUCAAGUUUGAUUCUGCGAUCAAGCAUAUCUCAUAUCACCGAGAUGGUGGCGCUAGUACUGACACUGUACAAUCAAUGGGCCAAGAAGAUAAGACCAUGGUUGGGCUUCUCUACUGGCUCGCCAUAAUGUUCGACACGGUGUCUGCGUCCAUGAACGAGCGACCGGUAGUUGUUCCUGACCAAGACUCACAUCACGCCAGUUGUCGUGCUGAAGAAGCGGAUGACGCGUACUGGAAAGUAGAGCUGUUCAUCCAGGACAAGCUGGAAGCCCCGUGUCACACGAUACGCUGGCCAUGUACAUACGAAGUAGCUGCCAGCGCUGUCACCAGGUCAGCCCCCGUCAAAGUCUUGCUCUACAGACACGUCUCGUAUUUGCAGAACACCCUUAGACGAGGACAAUCGGUAGAGAAGGUCGAGCAAGUCAUCCAAAAUGCCACGUCUCUUUAUCGCUAUUGGAACUUGACGUACGGUGCCUUUUUCAGAGAUCUGAUCCACAACUACAACUCAGUGCCCGGCCGUAUCCAAAGCUGGUUCGUAUGUAUCUCCGCGCACUGGCAUUUGGCCUGUCUGAUUCUAGUCGAUCUCAUCAACACCGUCGAUCAAAAGAAUCUAGGCAUCAAAUCAAGAACGCAAAUGCGGCUGAGAAGCAGAGUUGUCGCCAAGAUGCAAGAGACGAGCGUCAAAGAACUCUCGGAUCUGGCAAGAGUCGCUACACCGCCGAGUGAGGAGACAAAUUUCUUCCAACAACUUCCUGGUUUUCAUCCAUGCGUCAAUGAAGGGACGAUUCUCACAGAGCCCUGGACGGCGAUUCUCAUUCGGGCGUUUUCGAGGGCCGCAGUCUGGCUUCUGGAAGACGCAGAGAGUUAUGGACAAUAUGGCCUUGGAGCGUACUCAAGUGAUGGUUUGUCGGAUACUCUAGAACAAGCAGAGUAUUGUAUCAAGGGAUUGUGGUUUUUGGGAAAGAAGUCGGAUAUGGCGCGGCGGGUGGCGGAUAUUUUAACGCGAGCGUUAAGUGGUUUGAAGAACUGA